AUGUAUAAUGUGCGAACCGUACUAAAUAUAUGGGGAGUAAUGUUAUUCUUGAGGAUGGGUUGGAUGACAGCGCUGAGUAUCGUGAUAGUAUUAGUAUCAACCUUGGUCACAUUAUGCUCGGCUAUCUCUAUGUCGGCAAUUUGUACGAAUGGUGAAAUCGGAACGGGUGGAAUUUAUUAUAUGAUUAGCCGAAGUUUGGGGGCCGAAGCCGGCUCUAUGAUUGGCAUUAUAUUUUCGUUUGCGAACGCAGUGUUAGUUUCGGCCAAUUUGAUCGGUGCCGCAGAAACCGCUGUCGAGAUAAUAGGUGACACGGGAGUUGUUAUAACGAACAGCGCAAUCAACGACACCAGACUUAUAGCCGCGCUUUUAUUGGUUCUCAUCGCUAUUAUUCCUCUCAUUGGCAUGAGUUGGGAGGCGAGGGCCAUGUUAUUAUUAAUGGUGCUCCUGUUUAUAUCGCUUAUUAACUAUUUUGGUAAAUGGGCACUUUUAUACCACCGAGUGAUGAGAAAAUAUCAAAAGGAUUUACGGGAUGGAGUUGUGAUUUCUGUGGCCAACAAGAAUUUAUACCCCAAUUGGAACGGAGAAAACUUUUUCAAUGUAUUCGGUGUAUUCUUCCCAUCAGUAAUUGGCAUAUUUGCAGGAGCAAGUAUGAGCGGUGAUUUAAAAGAUCCAAACGAAGCCAUUCCUAAGGGCACAUUUUUGGCAAUUAUUACCACGUCUUCAGUUUAUUUGAUACUUAUAUUAUGUCUUGGAUUUACUGUCCAUCCGUAUGCUUCUGGAAACAUAGCAGACAUAAACUUUGAUGCACUUGAAUGUGCAAAAAAUAAUACCUGUUCAUAUGGUCUAAUACCUUUUUAUCAGACAAUGACUCUAUCGAGUGGUUACGGGCCUUUGAUUUGGGUGGGAAUAUUCGCGGCUACAUUGAGUUCAGCGUUGGGUUCCUAUGUUUGCGCUCCCAGAAUAUUCCAGGCAUUAUGUGAAGACAAUCUGUUUCCUUAUAUCAAAUACUUUGCCAAAGGAUACGGCGAGAUAAAUGACCCGCGAAGGGGCUAUAUUCUCACCUUUAUAAUUGCACUCGCGUUCAUAGCAAUUGGUGAUCUAAACUCAAUUGCGCCCAUAAUAUCCAACUUCUUUAUGGCCUCAUUCUUCUUAGUAAAUAUCGCCUCAUUUCACGCCUCUUUCGUCGGUUCCCCCAGUUUUAGGCCGACUUUCAAAUAUUACAACCAAUGGAUAAGUCUCGCCGCAGGAAUUGUUUGCAUUGUUAUCAUGUUUCUUUUGGACUAUAUAUCGGCUAUUGUAACAGUGGUUAUAAUGGGAGUCAUUUUCUUAUGGAUGAUCAAGAAAGGACCAGAUGUGAAUUGGGGAACAUCGAAGAGAGCUCACAUAUACAACUCUGCUUUAAACGCAGCCCUCAAACUCAAUAGUAUCGGAGAUCACGUCAAGAAUUUCAGGCCAUCCAUAUUGCUUAUGACCGGUAAUCCGAGCGCCAGAAUACCACUCGUGGAGUUCGCUAACAAUAUUACAAAACAUAAGAGUUUACUACUCAUCGCCCAUAUCGUCAACGAUCCCAUCAAUCAUAAGAUAAGGGAAAGGGUUAUAUCGAGUCAAUACGAUUGGAUGACUAAACGAAAGAUCAAAGCUUUUUAUUUGCUUCUGGAAUCCAAUUCAUUGAAGAAUGGCUUCAAUUGUAUGGUUCAGAUUGCAGGUCUCGGUCGCAAAUUAAGACCAAACAUCUUAAUGCUCGGAUAUAAAAGCAGUUGGAGAGACUGUCUUCCUGAGGAUUUAAUUGAUUAUCAUAGCGUUAUUCUAAUACAAGAGGGCUUAGAUUAUGCGGACUUCUUUGAUUCGGGUCUAAUACCAAACGAUGCGAUCGAAGCUAUGAAUCAAUUUAAUGAGAAGCAAAGGCGGGGAACAAUUGAUAUCUGGUUGUUGGCCGAUGACGGAGGACUCACUUUAAUGGUUCCCUAUCUUCUCAGCCUUAAUGACAUUUGGAGUAAUUGUAGUCUAAGAAUACUUACAAUGUCUACAAACAGUGAGGAAAUAUCGGAAACUAAAGAAAAUUUAAACCAAUUGAUGUCUAAAUUGCGAAUCCCAUGCUCUGAGAUACGAGUGUUCGCUGAAUCAGAUUUAGAGACAAACAAUCAAAGUGAACAAAAAUCUGCGAAUAAAAUUUCGGUUACGAGAGAAGAGCUCUUCAAAUAUAGAGAAGUAACGAAUAGAUAUUUAAAGUUGAGACAACUUUUAAUAGAGAAUUCAGUGAACACAACAUUACUUGUUAUGACUCUACCGACGCUCAACAAAGACAUACCAAUCCCUCUAUACAUGUGUUGGUUGGAAGUGUUGACGGAUUUGACGGACACAGAAAACGAUCACUUCUACCGAAUGCCGCCAUUCCUUCUGCUCAGAGGUUUCGGGCAAAGAGUGAUCACUAGACUGAUCUCUUCGUCGUCCGAAUCAUUCAAAACGAAUGCAUUCUUCGGAAGCGAGUCAUUGAUGGCAGUCGUCGGCAGAGAAUCAUAUUUCGGACAAUCCUUCGAUAUCAACGGUAAAGAGAGGACAACCACUCACCACAAGAAGAGAUCUCAUAACGAAUCCAGUGGUCAUUUGGAUUCUGUGCACAAAUGGCUUGUCAUGGGAUGUGUUGGAUGUGUUGGAAGUGCUGUUUUGGUCGUGACUGGCGUUCGCACCGAACCAACAGUGGUUUGCAUUCAAUGCCAACACUAA